AUGCCGGGUUUUCCUGGUGAACACCAUCACCAUCACCAUCACCAUGAUAGCGAAAGAGGCUUUGCACCUCCUCAGGGACCUCCUCCGGGAUAUGGUCCGCCGCCGCCUAUCCCUCCCCGACCGUCUUCUGGUCAGUACGCACCCCCUCCAGGUCCUCCUCCACCUUCGUCGUCUCUAUAUGUUCCAUCGUCUGGUCCCCCGCCUCGGCAUCAUACUCCGGGUGGGUAUGCCCCGCCUCCAGGUCCACCUCCAAGGAAUGUCGGUCCAUCAUUAGCGGGGCCACCCCCGCGGCCGCCUACUGGGCAGCAGCAGUACGGGCCUGUAUUUACGGGGCACAACAAUCAACAGCAGCAACCCUUCUUCCAGUACUCACAAUGUACAGGGAGGAAGAGGGCCCUGUGUAUUGGCAUUAACUAUAGAGGGCAAUCUUCAGAGCUGAAAGGAUGCAUCAAUGACGCGCACAACAUGCGGCGCUUCCUUGUUCAGGAAUUUGGCUAUCAGGAGAAUGAUAUUGUGAUGCUAACAGACGACCAGGCGAACCCACGGUCGGUUCCAACAAGAGCUAACAUGUUAGCCGCUAUGCAGUGGCUUGUGCGUGACGCGCGGCCGAAUGAUUCGCUCUUCUUGCAUUACUCGGGUCAUGGUGGCCUCACUAAGGACCUUGAUGGCGAUGAAGAAAGUGGUUAUGACGAAGUCAUUUAUCCAGUAGACUUCCAGGCGAACGGACAGAUCGUAGACGAUGAGAUACACGACAUUGUGGUGAAGCCGCUUCCGCCAGGGUGUCGUCUCACGGCCAUCUUUGAUUCGUGCCACUCCGGAUCCGUUCUCGAUUUACCAUACAUGUACAGUCAUGAGGGCAAAAUCAAAGAACCCAACCUGGCUGCAGAGGCGGCACAGGGUCUUCUUGGCGCUGUCAGCUCGUACGCGCGGGGUGACCUCAUGGGCGCCUUUGGCUCCGUGAGCGGCCUUGUAAAGGAAGUUGGCGGAUUCAACCGGGGCGCGCGCGAGAGGAAGCAGCAGACGAAGACCAGUCCAGCUGACGUGAUCUGCUGGGGAGGAUGCAAAGAUCAACAGACAAGCGCCGAUACAUUUGAAGGAGGACAGGCUGUAGGCGCCAUGAGCUACGCAUUCAUGACUGUGCUGAGACAAAACAAGCAACAAAGCUACCAGCAACUGCUCGUGAACGUGCGGUACAUUCUAUAUGGCAAGUACAGCCAGAAGCCGCAGCUAUCGAGUUCCCAUCCCAUGGACAUGAAUGUCAUGUUUAUAUGCUGA